AUGGGCUCCACUGUCGCUACACCGAGUAUGAGAGUCCUUGUCUGUCCAUCUGGCUUCAAGGGCAGCCUUCAGCCCAGUGAGGCUGCAGACUGUAUCGAAGCCGGCAUCCUCGCUGUUGAACCUAACGCCUCCAUCCGCAAGGUUCCAUUGGUUGACGGGGGUGAAGGUUUCACCGAGGCCAUUGUCACAGCUACAGGCGGUUCAAUGCACCGCGUAGACGUGGUUGGACCCGUAGGAGACCAAGUCACGUCAUUCUUUGGUCUCCUCGGCCGCAGACAAGAUGCGCCAACCACGGCCGUCCUUGAAAUGGCUGCUGCUGCCGGCCUGAGCUUAGUGCCGCCCAACAGUCGCAAUCCAGGCAAGACAACAACCUUUGGUGUUGGCCAGCUGAUCCUUGCUGCCCUUGAUGCUGGAGCUACCCGCAUUUUGGUUGGAUGCGGUGACUCUGGGACGUGUGACGGUGGCGCGGGCAUGCUUCAAGCCCUUGGUGCAAGACUGGUUGAUGUCCAAGGACGCGUCCUCCCCUUGGCUGGUGGCGGCGAGUCACUCUUAGACCUUGGUUCAAUCGACCUGAAUGGAGUCGACGCGCGUGUCUUGAAAGCAAAAGUUGACGUCGCUGUGAAUUGGCAUAACGUGCUUUGCGGACCAGCUGGUGUGGCAAAUGUCUUUGGUCCCCAGAAAGGAUCAACCCCAGAGCAGGCCGCUCGCCUUAGUCUCGCCAUGGAAAAAUUGGCAAAUGUUGCUACUGACAUUCUUUGCGACAAAACCGUCCAAAGUGCUCCGGGAGGCGGUGCCUCAGGUGGUCUUGGAACGGGCUUGCGCUUGGUAGGAGCUACACUCAGACCCAGAUACGAGGUCAUCAUGCAGUACAUCAACUUGCACAGUAUCUUUGACGACUGCGACCUUGUACUUACUGCAGAGGGAGGCAUCGACGAUCAGACUCCAAGGGGAAAGAUCCCCGCAGAAGUGGCCAGACUAGCAAAGAAACAUGGACUUCCUGUGAUUGCCAUCGCUGGUACCAUUGGCCAGGGCGCCAGAGUGAACUAUGAUAUCGGGAUUGAUGCUUUUACAUGCAUUAUUCAACGCCCAAUGAGUCUCGACGAUGCGGUUCUGGAAGCGGAGAAAUUAACCCGGGAGAGUGCUGAGACUGUUAUGAGAAUUGUUAUGGUUGGGCGGAUGAUAGGCAGGUCCACUUGA